GGGGCUCUUUUCUCUUCCCCGCCAUCCUAUGUGCGGUUGAGUUCUGUCCGCACCAUGUCUUCUCACAAGACUUUCAGGAUCAAGCGAUUCCUGGCCAAGAAGCAAAAGCAGAAUCGUCCCAUUCCUCAAUGGAUUCGAAUGAAAACUGGCAAUAAAAUUAGGUACAACUCCAAGAGAAGACAUUGGAGAAGAACCAAGCUGGGUCUGUAAGAAGCGUCACAUAAAAAGUGGCA